GGGACGCCAGGGUGAAGGCGGGGAAGAGUCUCGCGAGACUCGCCGCCUAAUGGGGACCGAGUGAGGCGAGGGCGUCUCGGUGAUCAGCACUUUUUCCAAAACUAACGAGAGGAUGCAGCUUCUGUCGAGCAUCAUGGCGAGACAUUUGAAACGAGGCCCAUCCCUCAAAAAAGGAAAACGGGACAGCGGCUCGAGCAAUAGUCCCGUUGGUUAUCUGCCGUCAACCAGUGCUGGAACAGGGGCGGCCAUCAGGUCACUCGACGGUGAUCUUCCUGGCCAGUAUAAUAUCCUGCAAUCGCCUGGUGCCAAGAUGACGCCCGACGACCCGGGCGCUGACGACGAGUUUACCCUCGCCGUCGCACAAAAGUCACUGCGCGAUACGGAGGCACUGCGAAGCGCCCUGUACCUCGGGGUGAGCGUGACGAUCGCAUGGAUCGUCGGGGUCGCGGGUCUCUCCCUCGCCUGGCUGAUGCUCGUGUUGGCGUUCGCCGGCACCAUCACCAAGGCCAGGAUCUCACGGCUGCUGCAGACUGCCCUACAGCAGGAGCUGGCGAGGCUGCGCAGGCGUCGGGCCCUUUACAAGGACGAGACAGCCGAGUGGCUCAGCCUCCUCAUCAACAAGUGGUGGAGAUUCAGCGCAGCGAGUAUAUUUUCUCAAGCCAAGGAGCGAUUGGAGCCUUUGCUCAACGAUGCGAAGCCGGCAAUACUUGGGUCGCUGGAGCUGCGGGAGCUGACCUUGGGGGAGCAGACCCCCUGCGUAACGAGGAUACGCACCCUCGAUUACAACGGGGAUGAGGAGUCGGUGGUCGGGCGCUCGACCUCGACGAGGCUCUGCAUCGAGGCUGACCUCAACCUCGACUGCGAGCAAUUCCGUAUGCUUAUCGCCACGAGGCUCUUCGGCAAGGGAAUGGGCAUGGACAUUGAUCUGGCAGUGGAGAAGCUCUCGGUGUCGGGGACGAUCCUCGCGUCGCUGAGUCUGGACGCGAACGCGCCCUUCCCUCACGCGAGCCACCUGAGCCUGAGCUUCGUCGAGAAGCCGGAUGUCUGGUUCAGCGUCCGACUGUUGCGCUCCGUGCAGAUGAUGGAGGUGCCGCUGCUCAAGACCUGGAUACACGCGGUCGUGUCCGACGCACUGGCCAGCUGGCUCGUCGAUCCCGGGCACUUCGAGCUCGAUCUUAGAGCCCAGGAUAGGCCCGGUCCCGGCUUCGACUGCGUGCCCAGCGGUGUGCCCCAGGCCGUCCUCACCGUCUCACUCUCGCAGUCCGUCCUCGCAGGACAUAACGACGAAGUGAGAUGGCUGGUGGUGAUUAUCGGGGAGCAGCGCGUCGUCACGUCGCAGCUCGGAGCGACCUGGAGCGAGGACGUCUCCUUCCUCGUCGGGCCCCUCGACAACGAGCGAGUUGUCAUCAAACUCAAGGCCAAGAGGCUCGUCAGCACCAUCACUCUCGCUCAGUUCGAACUCGCCCUCGGCCUUUACAAUUGGGAGAGCUCGCAAGUGGUGGAAACAGUGUUGCAGCAGAAAAAACCAUCACGUAAUAGCGCAAAUAUUUCAAAUAUAAAUGCAAGGCUCGAAUAUUCCGCCCUUCCAACUUUUGAACCAGAUGCACCGCAGCCAAGUAUACCCGAUUCCAUGGAAAUGCACUCUGCUGGUGUUCUCGUGGUGUACAUUCAUUCUGCGGAUAAUCUCAACAGCGACACAAUACAAUGUAAUCCUUACUGUCUACUUUUUAACAACCGUAAAAAGGUGAAAACGACUCAUUACAUUCGAGGUACUAAUUCACCGCACUGGGAGUCGCGCACCGAAUUCCUCGUUCAAGAUUAUACGCAAGUAUCUCUGAGCUUCGUCAUUUAUUCUUGGAACAUUUCGAAAAUGGCCGAUACGGAUAUGCUGGGACUCGCGAUGCUGUCCCUUUCACCGGGUACGAAAUGGAUCGUCCGUAAGGAAUUGACACUAAGCGGAUCGAACGGCUUAUCGACGAUGACAGUCUCCGUGCUGUUCCACCCGAUACGAAGUGUCCAGCAGGCCUUGGCGAGUCGACGUAAUAGCGUUAACCAGGCUGUCGCCGAGGACGAGCCAAAGGCCAAAAGAAACAGCCUUCCCUGGAUGCAGCAAGCGAAGUUGUUACUGACGCACCGGGACAUUGACGCCACGACCUCGGACGUCUCGAGUCUCCUCUCCACCGGCAGCGGUCUCAUGGAGGUGACGCUGCUGCGCGCCAAAGAUCUCGUCGCCAAGGACCUCAAUGGCUUCAGCGAUCCAUUCUGCGAGCUCAAGCUCAGCAACGAGACCAAAUACAAGAGUAGCGUGAAGAAAAAGACGCUCAAUCCCUGCUGGGAUGAAAGCUCCAUCAUGGGCUUACCACGGAACGGCGAGACUCUUGACGUGGUACUUUGGGAUCACGAUACUUUCGGUAUGAGAGACUACCUUGGCAAAGUAUCAUUAACUUUAAGUGAAAUUCGGAGAUUAUCGAAUACCGAUCAGUCGUAUUGGUUUGCGCUUCGCGGCACAAAGUCUGGAUCGAUAGAGCUCAAAAUCAAAGUCCUGUCGGAAGAAUGCGAGACACAAAGUACUUAUGCGACGAGCACUGUUAGCGACGUCUCGACAAGACCGAGCGAGCCCCAGGACGCGCCGAUAACGACAAAUCCAACUAUCAUCAGAAGACCGUCUAUGGAAAAAUCCAGAAUGAAACUGCACUUGGAACCUGUCGUACCACCGCCCCCUCCACCCAGAACGGUCACAUUGAUAAAGGUUCCGACAGUUUCACAAAACGAUCGCUCGGCACAAUCGUCGCCAUUAAAUAAUCUACGAAAUGCAAAUCACGCAGGAAAAGUAAUCACAAAAGCCAAAGAUUUGGAAGAGAAUCACGAAGUGGCGAAUAGUCAUUGGUCAUGCAAAAAAAAUGGCGAACAAAUUGAGUGUGCGAGCGAAACGGAUGAUCCAAAAUUGAAGCUGUCGUCGAGUCAGCAUAGCUUAACUCCUAGUCCCGAUCAGAGUUUUGGAAAGAAAAUACCACAAUAUAACAGUUUCCGACUGAUGAAACAAAAGAUGAAACGUGGUUUAAAGCUCCGUAGAUUUCGUUCGGAGGUUAACAUCGAAGAUAGUAAAUGCGAUCGUAAUAAAGGUAUCGCAUUGAGUCUGGAACCUCGUGGUAGCGGUGAGGCGAGUGCUACGGAACUUUUACAAAAUUCCGGACUCUCGCACGCGGUCUCGCAACCUGACAUGUUGACCAGAAUUCGGCAUUCUAGUCCAAAGUUGAGGCUCAAGCCAAAUGAUUUGAAAAUUGUGAAUGGUAUGAGAGAAAAAUAUUCCGGAGUCGAAGGGAAAGUUCUUCAAGCACAAGGACUUCACGUAGCACAUAUUGCCCAACUCUACUGUCGAGUUAAAUUUCACAAUUGCACGAGCCCGGAAAAAAUAAAUGUAUCCUUGAAUGGCGGAAAAACAAUAGCAAAAUCUCGACUAUUACCGGCGAUGCCAAAUCCUCAAUUUUGCAUCGACUUUCAAUUGGAUCACGAUGCUGUACCUCGCCAGGCGAUACUUAUUUUCGAAAUUCGAAGUGCCACUAAAGAAUUACUUGCCAGCAGACGAAUAACGUUGCACGAAUUGUUAGGAGCGUCGCUGGCAACAAACGAAGUUCGUACGUGGCUUGCAUUAAAUAACGGCGCCUCUCUUGAAAUUCAAAUCGCUCACGGCCGAGAGAUCAAAAGAUCGACGAAGAAACUCUUCAGAUCGUGGUCGGUGCAUCGGAUUGGAAAGAUCUGAACGUAAGAGCUUCAGCGAGCUUUCGAGCUUCGUCGUC